GUUGACUUCACCACUGCACCACGCCACACCUCUCUGCUUUUCCUGCAGCCAGUCGCCGUAACAGCCCUGAUCGUGCAAAAAUCAAUCUGCUUCCCAUCAUGGAUGGCAGCUGUAGCCCGCCCCUCGAUUGAUAGUCACGCGCGCUACGGCCCCACCGGCAACUCCAAGCAUGGAUGACGCGAAGAGGCUCGUCACCGAGCUCCUAGGCAAGCUCGCAGAGCUGGAUAGCAAGGUUGCCACCUACCAGCAAGACAUGAACGCCGAAUUCGAGAGAUACAGCGCCCUACUACUGAAGGACGUGUCGGAGGAUGUGUCAAACGAGGUCUCCCGAGUCAUCGCUGAGUCAAUGUCAAAUUACCUGAUGCUACAAGCGCCGAAUCGCGAUUGCCUGGAGUUUCCGGCGACUCUGACCGAGCAUGGGCUUUGGGGCGGCCGAAGAUCACCACCCCCCAUCCUUUACCACACCUCUGGCACCCCCAAGGACGGCCCCAGGAGUCCUCACGAACGCGAGAAGGAAUUCCAGGGUGUGUUCACCCCGAGUUUUCUGCCCCUUCUCGACAGCAGCGACCGGCCUCCACACUCACCUCCUUCCUCCUCGCCGCUGCCGUCACCCUCUCCCGCGUUUACCCCGUCUUUGGAUAGCAUUCUGUCGGUGGAUGAAGGCCUCGACGCCCGGACUAGCGCAAUUGCUGCCUGGCCAAGUCCAGCUAGGCGGCAGACUGACGGGACAGUGUCGUCAGUGGACUCGUCUGGGAGUGACUCGAGGGUACGACGCAGCGCAUUGCGCAGGUCGUCGAGCUCGACCAAGGGAAGCCCCCGGCGCGUACGUUUUGAAUUCCAGGGUAUCGAAGUCCUGCCGACGUCGUCACCGCAGGCACCGACCAGCCCCCGCGGCAGCCUAGAAGAGGCUGAGGCAACGUCAGCCAUCGUGGAUGACUCACCGCCAUAUGCGGGACCCUCCCUACUCGAUGUUGAAGGUGAAGAGGACUGGUUACCCCGGCCGAAGAAAGUCUCGUCGACCCAAGCCCUGCGCGCUUUAUCUCGAAAAGCCCUCGACGAGGGCACGGUCUGGACAGUUGUCAAUCCAGACCCCGAGGAAGCGCCAACAACAAUGGACGGCUCAAAUGAAGCCGCGCCUCUGCCUAAACCGAGUCCUACGACAACUAAAACGGCUGUGACGCCGGCUGCCGUCCCGGCGAAGAACCAAUCACGUAGUCAGAGGGUCGCCUUCACUGAGAAAGAGAAUACGCCUGAGUCUCCAGAGGAAAAGAUGGAGAAUAAUGAAGAUGACAAGGAUGGGUCUGACGACGAUUUUCUGUCGAUGAGAUCAAAGACAUCCAAGGAGUCGACUUCACCAGCAGGGCGAUUGCCACUAGCAGGAUCACCUGUAUCUGCCGGAGUAAGUUCCCCCUUCGCAAAUGCACCCGUUAAAGUACAUGUUAUACUGGGAAAAGCGUCGUCAAACUCUAACAUACUGGAUACGAAGGCUGAGAUGAGGGAGGACGAAUUUUUCGACUUUGACGAGGGCGAAGACACGAUAUCAGGAACAAAACAACGCUCUGAAAACCCUGACAAAUAUCUUUCCGAAGACCUGGACGAUGACCAGGAUGACAAGCUUCAUACUCACCCCACAGCUCCCACGAGGCCAUUACACUCUGUCCAGCCAACAGUGUCCAUACCUAAAACCUCGCCCGACACACAACCCAUCACACCAACGUCGGCCAGAUUCAUGCAAGGAUCGAUUGGCUCAUAUAAGGGCCACUCUCUGAUGAUGAGCGCCAUUGUCAACCCCAGGAUUCAGGAGGAAGCGGCCGCCAUGGGAGAUUUCAGCUCGUUUGUUGGGAGUGUCGAUGGCCGCAGCGGUUUCGACGCCGCAGACUUGGGCAGCUUCCGGGCCAGCCUUACGAAAACAAUGUCUGUAAUGCCCCGCAGCUUCAGUGAGAGGAUGGCCCUGGAAGAGACCCUGGAUAAGGCAGACGAUGAUGCAAGAUGAUGGUCAAGGAUUGCCCGCCUUGAGAAGGGAAGAGUUUUGGCUUUAUUUGUACCAAACUGCAUGGUCCCUUCCCUUCCAUGUUAGAUGAGGGAUUCAGGUGAUAGGGAGGGGAGAGGUUUAAUCUAGAGAGAGCUUCCGAUACAAAGAGCUCUCUACCUGCACAGGUUAGUAGGUAAUUUCCAAAUCCGGCAAUCAAGUGGGCACACACAUAGCCCCGCAUUUGCUGGCAGCCCCACUCUAUCUUACUGUUGAUGUGUUGGUGCGUGCUUGGUUGCCCCGCCAGCCUGG